ACUUCUAAGUCUACAUAUUUGUUUCAAGCUUGUAGCAUAUAUUUGUGAGAGUUGUGUGCGGUAUAGGUACCACGACUAACUCGGGAGGAAUCUGAAGUAUCGGAUUAGCUUUGUUGGGAAAUUACCUUGCUUUGAAUUUUAGGUACCCACGACUAACUCGGGAGGAAUCUGAAGUAUCGGAUUAGCUUUGUUGGGAAAUUACCUUGCUUUGAAUUUUAGGUACCCACGACUAACUCGGGAGGAAUCUGAAGUAUCGGAUUAGCUUUGUUGGGUAAUUACCUUGCUUUGAAUUUUAGGGCCAACAACAACAAUGGGUGGUGAUUCUAGCAAACUAAAGCAACAACAUCGAUAUUCAGACAUCGCGUCUGAUCUGAUCGCCUACAUGGACGCGUGUCAACUCGACCCAUUUCUUCAGUCAUUCGAUUCCACCCUCCAAAAACGCUUCACCGGAGUCAUCCACACCAUCGCAGUGGACGUCGGUGCUCGGUCAGUCUCUCUGGGCUCACUGAGAAAGCUCACAGACUGCAUCCUCAAAACCAAUGAACAGGUGGUCAAUUUCAUUCUCGAAAACGAAAAGGACAUGUUCAAUAAGGAAGAGCUUUUCGAAUUCGUGAAAUGCUACCUGGAAAACAGUCUUCAGGAUGUGAAUGACUGUAAUACUCUGGACGAGUACCUCAACAGCCAUUUGAUGAUUCAAUUUGACGAUGAACACAGAAAAUGCACGUGGUGGGAAAAAGAAAAAUUCUACUCGGGGACGCUAAAGAAGCUGGAGGAUUUCAAGACUGCAGCUGAUCCAUUUACGCAAGGGGGGUUGUCCUCCUUGUUAGACAAAGUUUAUCAAAGGCAAAGUUGUAUGUUAAAGAAUGUGCAAGCUAUGAAGAUUAGGCUUGAUAAGAAGUUGAACAAAACAAAGGCUUGGAAGAUUGUAUCCAAUGUCAUUUUUGGGGUGACUUCUGCCUCUGUGCUGAUAUGUUCUGUUGUGGCGACCGCGCUUACUUCACCGCUGGUUGUGACAGCGUUGGCGGCUGUGGCUGCGGCUGGGUCGAAUUUGGCGUCAAUGGGUGGAUGGAUUAAUUCCCUUUGGAAGAAGUAUGAGAAUGAGGUGGAAGGACAGAGCAAGAUGAAAACGAGUUCAAAAGUUUAUGGGACUUCCAUUGGGAAAUGUGACUUGGACAGCAUUGGAGUACUUGUGGAUGAAUUGGAAAUUGAGGUGAAGUCACUGUUAGAUACAUCUGAUUUUUAUGGUGAAAAAGAGGUUGCUGUGAUGCGGACUAUAGAUGAGAUCCAGGAGAAGCUGCGUGUGUUUGAGGAAUUGAGAAAACAUAUUUAUAAAUGUCGCGGUGAUAUAGAGAUGGGGUACAACAAGAUCAUGGCGAUUAUCAGAAGUCGCAACAAGUCAACACCAUGGUUUUUAAAUAUAUAACCCACUUGUGGUACGUCUUGUUAGAUCUGAUGAAAUUGUAGGCAUUUGAUGAGGAUGGUAUAAAAUGCUUUUGGGAAAAAAGCCACCGACAGAAACGUUCCCACCUCUCUCUACCUUUCACUCUUUAUGCCAGUUGUCUUCUUCUUCUUUCUGUGCUCUCAUCUAUGAGAGUGGGACCUGCUAGCUGCCUCGCACGAUUGCAAUAAACUCGACGUAUUCAAAUAAGUGGGCUCCGUGGAUGUUGUUUUACGCCAUUUUUGUUUUUGUUCGGCUAGUUCGGCUUUUGUUUGUUUUGUUUUCGGCUCACCUGGACAGAUCUGCUGUUUUUUUACAGCUAGAUCUCUGAUCUAGGCCGGUUAGAUUUGAUCAUUUUCUCCUUAAUUGGAUCUUGUGCCGGGUUUUGUGUGUCGGAGCACCUUGUGAUUGUACCUUUGGAGCGAUUGUCGUGCUGAUAGCCAGACCUUUCAAUCUCUCUAGUUUGCUGUUUUCUCUCAUGGUGGUUCUAUUUGUAGAUUGUUUUGCUCUGUUUUCUCUCCAAAAUCUGGAGUCUAUUAUUUAUUUAUUUACUUUGCUUCAAGAUUUAUAUGCCUUUUCUAGCUUGGCUUUAUGUCUCUGUACUGCCAUCUUGGCUUUAGGCCUUUCAGCCUUUGAAUGACAAAAAAAAAAAAAAAAAAAAGGAUUGUAUAAUUGAUUAUAUUAUUUGAUGAAUUUAGUGUUGUAGUGCUCAUUUAACAUGGUUAAUUGUAUUAAAUUAAUGUAAUUUAUUGUGGUUUUGAAGAAA